UGAAGUGAUUGAAUCACUUGGAACGAAUUGACGAAGACGAAUUCUCGAAACGAGUCCGUACGGAAGACACCAGAAGGCAAAAGGAGAAGAUUUAGACCAAAAAAACGUCGGAGACGAGAAAAAUCAAGAAAACAAAAAAAGCGGAUAGAAAUCACAUCCUUUGGAGCUAAUUUUUCCAAUUUCACACUAUUUUAUAUGUUUAUCCGUCUAAAUUUUAGACCUCUUCUGUUUUAAAAUAAGUUUUUUUUCACAAUUUUUCAUAUUUAGACGAAAAUUUAACGAUAACGAAUAUUUAGGAGCUACAUCUACUUCAUUGUCGGUAAAGCAAACGUAGAGAAAUUCAAAAAACACCCUCUCAAAUAUAUCGACGUGGAAAACAUCAAUUUCCCCCUAAUACCGAUGAGAAUAGCCGUAUCGGGUCCCCCCAAAUGCGGAAAAACUAUAUUGGCUAAAAGAAUUCAAAGAGAAUACGGCAUGAAAAUCGUAUCUAGAGGACAAGCGAUAAGAUUCGUUCUAACGAUUUUACCUUUAUCGAAUUUGGCUACCAAUUUGGAAACCAUAUUGAGAAGAGGCUGGGAACCCACAGAUGAAAUGGUGGUACGGUGCGUCGAAGCCGCCACAAUCGAUCCAUGGGGCGUUACUCAAGGUAAUUCAAACAUUUUCGGUUUUCAUUUACUCCAAAAAAAUAGUUGUUCGGUACCGAAUAAACGAUAAUUACGAAGCUACAUUCGUGGAUAUCCGGACUACUUCAUUUUUUUGUAAUAAACGCACGUUUUUAUCGAUUUUAUCGCGCAAUUUUUUGUCGAAACUGUUUAGAUUAUAAAAAAAAUCGAAAUCAAUCGAAAAAAAUAUUUUUUCGUCAAUUGCACGUUGAUCCAUUAUUUAUGAGACAACCCCCGUAUUUUGUUAC